ACGAAGACUGACAGUAUGAGAAGACGAACGAUGCCUUUUAUAUCAACUACAACACAAGUCCAACUUGGGAAAUGUCUUUUGCCUUGUAAGCGAUGCUGCCACUGGUUCUCUUCUCCAGCUCGUUUCUAUAAGAGUAUUUAUGGCAAGAGUUCCUUGAAAAUAUGCCGCUUUUAUCCUGUUCUACUUGUUGCAAGGAAACCAACUAGGAAGCAAGGUGCUACGCAAGGAGAGCUGCAUGACGCAAAAAGUUUCUUCAAGAGUCUUAACGAAACUAAAAACUUGGAAGAAACAUCCUCCUCACCUUCCAACUUGGACCUUUCAAGUCCAUCACCUAUAGCUGGAGGUAAAAAAAGGAGAAAACCCCAUUCCGUUCAAACCAAAAAGAAAAUCAGCCAGAGCUUGAAAGGACGCUCGCUUUCUUCUGAAACUAAGAAGAAGAUAUCUGAAGCAAUGAAAGGGAAACAAUUUACGCCUUCGCAUCGCAUCGCCAUUAGUCAGCGAAUGCAGGGUCCACUCAACCCUAUGUAUGGAAGAAGAAUGAGUGCACAAACAAGACUAAAAAUAUCACUUUCGUUGCGAAAAUGUAAACUUGAAAACGGAAGGAACGGAAGUACUUCAGAAAAACAGCCUUCCGACGAGGAAAAUAAGAACCCGGUGCAGGUUCAUAAGACAAUGUUGCACGAAAAAUAUCAACAAGUUCGUGACGCACUCCAUUUAGAAAUGGAUAAAGAAGGACUUGAACUAAUAGGGGAGUCUUCGUGGACUUAUUUGGAUGAAGGGAAGAAAAGAAAACUAAAGAUGAUCCAGAAAUCAGUAAAGAAACGACUUCGUCAAGUUUCUCGAGAUAUGGAUGGUUUGGAACUUGAUGAAGGCUUUCUAGUGGAUGAUUUUGUUGCGCAGAAACUGGAACCAAAAAUAGAAAGGCCCAACAGCUCGUCACCCUCGAUGAAUCCUCCAACAGCGAGCAAUACAACUAGUUCAUCAGCAACUCCGCUGUCUUCCAAAGCAAAUCCAACUAAAAAGAAUGCUAGUACUUGUGAAAGUUGUGGAGGUAGAGGAAUCAAAGCAUGUGAGUUUUGUGUGAGAAAGUAUGGAGUUAGAAGUUCAAAAUGCAUCAAAUGUUAUGGUUCUGGAAUCAUGUUUUGUGCCGUAUGUAAUGGAAGUGGUGAGCUGCUUUCGAAAUAGUUCUUGUACGCUUUGUUUGUUAUGGGUACAUUUGGACUAUUGUGUUAUUUGUACAGUAAUAAUGGAUAGCUGUCUAGUUGUUUGCUUUAUAACUGAAACUUGCGAAUAUAUUUCGGGAAUGAUUACAAACGGGUUGUAUUAUUUACAUUACAUCGAAUGAAUAAAAUGAUUAGAAUCUUU